AUGAAUAACGUUGCUACUCAGAGUUUCACACUAUGCAAUCUUCAAACAACUGACCUUAUCCCCUUACCAACCUUUCAGAAGUUAAAAGUCAACUAUCCUGGUUACAAACAUCACCAAGGUGCCUUGAAUAACCAUCAUUUAAUAAAAAUGAUAGGUUGUGAAAGUAAGCUCCUCUUACACGAUACUAGUGCCUUACGCUUAUCUGUUGCCUUAAAUAAAGUUGGUAAUCAGCAUUCUAUUGGUCGACAGCUUAUCAAACUUUCCAAAUUUGGACGGGAUAGUGUGCCUGGUCGAGAUGGAUUUCAAUAUAUUUAUCAUCCCAUGGCUUAUGGACCUUACCUAGCUGAUAAAUAUGGCUAUCCUAGUAUUUCAAAACUUCAUCAAAUGGAUCCUAUAGACACAAAGAAGAAUUUCUGGGGGAAGCAAGGCAUCUUAAGAGUCAUAACAUAUACAAAGAAACAGAAUCGACCAAAAGGCCAUGUUGCAUUGUGGGAUUGUAAUCAUUUUCAUCAAAGUAAAGAUUGGAUAGCUGGUCAUAGUUUGAUAACAGUGGAAUUCUGGGAAACACCAGACUCUAAUUGUGAUCAUAUGCCAAAAUCAGAACCAGAAGAUUAUAUGAUGCAGAAACUUCUACCCACUCUCCCGCCACAGUAUAAAAAGAAAUUCAGACAUAAUUCCUGGAAGCGAUUAUUAUUACAGAAGCAGCGCCUUUCAUUAAAAGGGAAGUAA